GUUUCCAAACAUCUCAAUUAAACUCAGUUACUUGAGCUAACAAUCUUCAAUUACAAUGAUUGCAAAGAUCACCAUCCUCUUCGUCGCUUUUGCAGCAGUCAACGCCAGUGUUCUAUUGGGACAUGGUGCUCUGCUUAACACUGGAAUCAGUUCCAGAUCUCAAACUCAAGAUGCUUUUGGAAACUAUGCUUUCGGCUAUGACAUCAAAGACGGACUCGGUGCCACCAACUCCCGAUCAGAAGUAGGCGAUGCCCACGGAAACAGAAAAGGAUCCUACACCCUCGCUGACAUCGACGGACGAGCCCGACGAGUCGACUACGUUGCUGACGGACACGGAUUCCGAGCCGUUGUCAAGACCAACGAACCAGGAACCGCCGCCAGCUCCCCAGCAGCCGCCCUCGUCGCCAGUCCCUACGCCGGACCCGUCGCCCCAGUCGUCAACCACGUAGCCCCAGCCGCUACCGUUGUUGGACAUGCUGCUUCCUAUGCUGCUCCCUUGGCUGUUGCCGCCCCAGCUCUUGCAGGCACUGUUGCUUAUGGUGGUGUUCUCGGACAUGGAGCUGCCAUCGCCGCCCCUGUAGCUUAUGGUGGAGUGAUCGGACACGGUGCUGCUCUUGGAGCUCCUCUUGGAUUUGGAUAUGAUCUUGGAUACGGCAAAGCCCUCAUCCAUUAAAAAAUGCUCGUUUGUAAAUGCUUGUCUUUCACAAAUUUUUCAAUCAUGCUGAAAUAAUGCCUGCCACAUGCCAUCUUUGUUGUUAUCUUCAUA